AUGUUGAAGUUGGAGUUGGGACCUUCGUUAGCUGCAAUCAUUUAUGCAGUAAGAGUGGAAGCUAGCGAUGGUCCCAUCACGACCGUAGCUGGCUUCUUCGUCUCGCUUCAAGCGUGCCUACCUACGGAACGGCACCAGACCUCAAUAUUCAAUAGCAGUACAUUCGACUCACGUCCUUUUAUCCCUUGGAGCCCGCUGGUCCAAUUGAAACCAACAAUCAUUGUUGAAAAGCAAUGUCAGUUGAUCGCACGACUGAUGGCGAAGAUAUCCCAGUGUUUUUUAUAUAUCGAUCGGUUGAGGAAGCUACAGAGAACGAAGAACAUCUCAGUACUUUCGGAAUAA